CUAACUAUUAUAAAGAAAAUAUAUAUAGAAUAAAGAAUAAUAAAAGUUUUCGAUUGUGUUCUUCGAUUUAGACUACAUAGUAGCUACAUAUUUAGCACAGAUUAAAAAACUUAAUUGUUUAAUGCGUACAUACUUUGAAAUUACAUGAUUUAUUUACGAUCUAAGGUGUAUGAUAAUAUUUUUACAAUAUUAUAAGUAGAUAACUCUACGAGUUUGGUUAUUACAGUGAAAAUAAACAUAAUAUCAAAGAUGUCUGGAAACAAGUGUCGUAGUUGUGGAUCUACAAAUAUUGAGACCGAUCCUGCACGUGGAGAUGAUUGUAUGGAAUGUGGUUUUGUAUUAGAGGAUUCAGUUAUUGUUAGUCAACCAACUUUUGAAGAAUCAUCGUCUGGUAAAGUAAUGCCUAAAUACUUCGUCCCUAAUGAUAGCACAGGUGGUGCUACAAAUUUUGGUGCACGUUAUUUCAAUGAAAAAGAGUCUAGAAAGAAUACUAUAGAAAAUGCAAGGAAAGGUAUAAUACAUCUUGGAAUGCAGCUAGGCUUAGACGAGAAUGAUAUCAAUAUGUCUGUAACAUUUUAUAAAAUGGCUUUAGAUCGUCGUUUAACACGUGGAAGAAAACAGGUGCAUAACCAGGCUGCCUGUGUUUAUAUUACUUGUCGACAUGGAACCAAUACACUUCUUCAUCCUAUUAUGCUUAUUGACAUCAGUGAUAUUCUACACAUUUGUGUUUAUGAACUUGGACGGACCUAUCUGCGGUUUACACAAGCCCUUGGUGUCAAUAUAGUCUUUGCAGAUCCUUGUUUAUACAUCGAGAAGUUUGCACAAAAACUUGAAUUUGGCGAUAAAACUGAUGCCGUAGGUAGGACAGCCACCAGAAUACUUCAAAGAAUGAACAAGGACAGUAUUCAUAUUGGUCGUAGACCAUCAGGUCUAUGUGGUGCAGCUUUACUGAUUGCUGCGCGAUUGCACGAAUUUAACAGAUCACCUACUGACAUUAUAAAAAUUGUCAAGGUACAUGAAUCUACUUUGCGUAAAAGAUUAAUGGAAUUUGGCGAUACACCAUCCAGUGCUUUGACUUUGGAUGAAUUUGAGACGGUAGACUUAGAAGAGGAAGAUCCUCCAGCAUUUAAAGCAGCACGUAAAAAGGAUAGAGAACGUUUACAAGGGUUACAAAACAUAGACGAAGAAAUAAGCGACUUGCAAGCAGAAAUUGAUAGACAAUUGGAAGAUUAUAGAGCAGGGAAAACAAAGAAACGCAAGAAGAAUGUAUCUUCUGCAGAGGAUCCUAUAGAGAAUGAAGACGCAGAUAGAUUUAUUCACGAAAGUAAUAUAGACAUAAUCCAACAAUAUGUUGAGAAUCAGGUUGAUGAUCCCGAUGAAAACUUUCGAGAUACGAUAGUAAAUGAGAGUAAUAGCUCACUUACUACAGGAUUAAGUCCAAAUAUAGCAUCAAUGAUAUUUCCGAAUAAUCGUCCAAAUGAACCGAAAGAACAAGAUAACUUGGAAAAUUUUUCCGAGGAAAUUUAUACGAACGACAUCGAUGAUGAGGAAUUAGACAGUUAUAUUCUCUCGGAAAAAGAAUCACAAUCUAAAUCUGCUCUCUGGAAUAAGGUCAACGCCGACUAUCUUGUUCAACAAAAGGAAAAAGAAGAAAAGCGUUUGAAAGACAAGGAAGAAGGUAAAACUGAAAAAAAAAGAAAGACAGUUUCCAGAAAGAACAAAACGCCUGCAAAUUCUGCUGGCGAAGCAAUUGAGAAAAUGCUGCAAGAAAAGAAAAUAUCCUCCAAGAUUAAUUAUGAAGUGUUGAAAAGUAUAAAUAAUCAGCAACAAAACAAUCAAGAGUUAUUUACAAUGAAUAUGUCAGAAUUAGACGACGCAACAUUUAACAAGCCAAUACCAAUCAAUUCUACGUCGAAAACUGCGGAGCUUCCGCUAUCGAAAAAAUAUCGCUCUAUUAAACCAAAUACUGAACAACCGAAGAAGAUAUAUAAAAUAGCAAAGAAAGAAAAUGAAGAAUUCAAAAAAGAAGAAAUUAAUUCAGUUGAAGUUACAGCAGACACGUCCGAAAACGCUUACGAUAAUGAUGAUUACUUUGAUGAAGAAGAACCUGAUCCUACUGAAAUAUCACUUGGACAAAUACUUGAAUCUCACGCAUCUGAAGAUGAAUUUUGUAAUAGCUAUGAAUACGAAUAGAAAUCUAAAUGUAUGUAUACUAUAUAUUUUUAAUUUAAUUUAUUUAAGUAGUCAAAUAUCCUAUUCUCAACACAUCUAUUUCAUAUGCUAUUGUAAACAUUUUUAACUUUUCUUAAUAUUUCCUUAAAACUU